AUGGAUCUCAUUGAUAUGAAAAACAGAAGUGCAUUAACCGUGAAAUUUGAAACGUGGCAUGGAUUGAAUGGUAAAGGAACAAUUUGUGACGUUGGGAGCUUUGAUUACCUUCUACCUGUUCCAAAAAGGGAUAGGCACUAUGACCUUUUAGAUGUAUUUCGAAGUGCUGGCGUAGCUAGUGGCGCUGUAAUCGGGGCUGGUGGCGGACCAUUUUUUCUUACUGGAUCAAACUCGGAGAUGGUAAUGAAUAUUUCUUCUGAAAAUGGUGAAGUUGUAAAAAAUGGUUCAUUAUAUGGGUCGUAUGAUGAAAAGAAUCAUAGACCUUUAUUGACAAAAGCUGACAAUACCAAAUUUGCUUUGUUAGGCCAAAUGUUCAUGUGUGAAGGUAAACCUGGACCGGUUAUUGAAUUAAAUGUAUCUGGGCGUAUUCGUGAUGGAAAAUUCGAUGCUAUGCUACGUGAAGCAUUACAUGUAAACUAUGGUCAUUUAAAUCAUGCAGUCGGUUUAGGUGGAGUGAUAGUUCAAGAAAAAGGCAAAUCAUUAUAUCAUGUCAUUCCUGAAUUCUCACAAGAACCUAUUGAUUCCGGUGAGAAACUUCGCAAUUGGCUUAAAAUGUUUGAAAUGGAAUCUCCUGUGAUUUCAGUUGGAAUAGCUGUAUCACAUGAUCCGCAUCAUCUUGGUCUACGCUUAGAACAUUUUCAUUGUUUCAAUGAAAGUCAAACAAAUUGUGGACAUUGUCAUUUUGAUACACAUGGUCCAACUGCAUCAUAUCGUGGUUAUUUUGCAUUAGCUGAUCAAUUGUUACGUAUUGAUCAACCGAGUAGCCAAACAACUAAAUGA